AUGAGUUAAUUAGAGCCAUUUGAACAUCAUUAUAGUAAUUAAUACUUCGAAGUAUUUGGAUGUUCUCAUAAGAAUAGACACAUCUAUUCAGAGAAAAUGAUUUGCACAGAUUGUGGCAUUUUCUUAAAUAAUGUAAAAUUCAUCACUACAUCCUAGCCAAAUACCAAGGUUUAUAAAACACUCAGGAUGAAAUACAGUGCAUUUUUCAAUCCAAUUAAAGUGCUACAAAGGAUGAUGGUUGAUGGUUAACCAAGUGGGCCUACCAAAUAAAGAUAAUAGUUCAUAGAAUUCAUUUUGUAAGUGUCAGAAAGACUUAAUCUUUCAAUCAAUACCUCCUUUUUGGCAAUCAAUUAUAUUGAUGAGUAUUUCAAUAAGGUUGCUGUGGCUGAAAAUCAGACUUAUCUAUUUGUUUCUACUGCUCUUAUGUUGGCUGCUAAAGCACAAGAACUUGAUGAGAGAGUACCAUUCAUAAGCAAGCUAAAAAGAUAUGCCUCCUUAACUAAUCAUCCUGAAAUCAGUCACUUUAGCAUUUAGGAUUUCAAGUCAGCAGAACUUUAACUAAUACAAAAAAUGGAAUGGAAACUUCAAAGAAACACCUUAUUAGAUAGAAUUGAAGCUUUACUAUCAUUUGGAGUGAUCGAUGAUGAUGAUAGUUUAGUGCAAUAACAGUAAAAAGAAAAUAAGGAUUCCAUUAAUCAAUAGCAUAUCAAACUUAGGGACUUAUAAGAAAAUUAGAUUUUAUAUUAUGUUAAGGAAGUGGAAAGCAAGUAUGUUGAAAUAGCUUUGUAAAUUAUUAGAGAUGAUUAACUCUACUUCCAAACUGAUUAGACUAUAUUGGCAUUAUCUUGUGUUGCUUAUCUAAGAAAGAGAGCUGGUCUAUUAAAUAUUUGGUCGUAAUAAUUGUAAAGUUUGACUGGAGUGGGUGCUUAGAAAAUAUCUUCUUCAGUUUCCUAAAUUAUGACUCUGAUUGCAAAAAGUAAGAGUUUCAAAACCAUUACAAAAAUGCCAACCAAUCCUUCAGAUCUAUAUUAUUAAUAGAUUAACACGCCUUCAAACACUCUUACAACUGUCAAUUCAAAUCUUGUUGUAAAUAGAAUCUUUUAGUUUGACUCUAAAAGACCAUCCUUGGGAGAUGCAAUGAUUCAAAAAGUUAAAGUUCCUCUGUUCUAAACUAAAUCAUCAGCCCAUUUAGGAGAUCCAAGUAAAUAGCUUUUAUAAAACAAUAUGAAUUUUACUACAAGUACAAAUUAUUCAUGUUUGAAUGAUAAUACUAUAGCUCAGAAUACACUCAUUUCUUCACGAAGUAUCCAUCAUAAUGGAGAACUUGAUAAAAAAUAUGAGUAAGUGCAUAAAGUUGGAGGAAAUAUGUUUAGAUAAUUGCAGUGA